GAAUGGCCCCUAGCGACGCCAUUUGUAGUAAGUGAUUCUCCUAUCUUGUUUCAUUUUCACUAGAGCGCUGCAGUUUGACUAUAUACUAGAGAAGGAAUAGGGACUGACUGCUAGUUGAGACUGACUCAUUGCUAGUAGCAACCUACUGAUAGACGUGUUUAUACAGAAUACUUGUUUUUAAAAUAAAGAAAAUACAUCUCAUAUUUCUUUUCCAAGCGGAUUUAAGAUUUUUCUCCCUCACGCAUUUAUUGAAUUGCACCGGCCUGUCUAAAACUGGGUGUUUAUUCAGUGCUACGAGGGCAGCGGUGAGUUGUAAUAGUGAUCCCCGAUGGCAGGCUGGAAGGACCGCUCGGUGCAGGAGAAGUAUCGGCUGGUUGUAGUAGGAGGCGGUGGCGUCGGGAAAUCAGCGCUUACUAUCCAAUUCAUCCAGUCUUACUUUGUCACAGAUUAUGACCCGACAAUUGAAGAUUCCUACACAAAACAGUGUGUGAUAGAUGAGAGGGCAGCGCGGCUGGACAUCCUAGACACAGCUGGACAGGAAGAAUUUGGAGCCAUGCGAGAACAAUACAUGAGGACAGGGGAGGGUUUCCUUUUGGUUUUCUCUGUCACCGAUAGAGGAAGUUUUGAAGAAAUCUACAAAUUCCAAAGGCAGAUCCUCAGAGUAAAAGACCGUGAUGAGUUUCCCAUGAUCCUCGUUGGUAACAAGGCUGACCUGGAGCACCAGAGACAGGUGACGCAAGAAGAGGGGCAACAGCUAGCAAGGCAACUAAAAGUAACCUACAUGGAAGCCUCUGCAAAAAUCCGAAUGAACGUAGACCAAGCUUUUCAUGAACUGGUUAGAGUUAUAAGAAAGUUUCAGGAGCAAGAAUGCCCGCCCUCCCCAGAACCAACACGCAAAGAAAAGGACAAGAGUGGCUGCCACUGUGUGAUCUUCUGAGGGAUCCUUUCACUUUCAUCUGCAACCAGCUGCUGCCACCAGUCCCUACUCCUGCCUUCUGACAGCACAUCCUGGUUCAAUCAGUACUGCCUUCAAUAGCUGUAUGACUUGUAAGAACGGUCACUGUGAUAGCCUUAGUCCAACAAGCUGGGCUCUGUGAAGUCCCAAAGCAAGACUGAGGCAACUGAAAAACAACAACACACAAAUGAAACUAAACACUAAGGCUGCUUCUUAAAUUGCCACAUGAUGACAUUUGUACCUUCAACUGAAAAGAGGAAACAAACAACACCACCCAUAAUAAUAAUCCGGAAUGUAUUAGUAAAGUUUGUUUUUAGCUACUGGUAAUUUUGCCUUAUCGAGUGAGGUGUUUUAAUCACGAUUUCACGUCUUGUUUUACUUUGAUGUGCUAAUCAGCUACUGUACAUACUGAAAUUCAUCACGAUUUGAACAAUAUUUCUAAUCAAUUCAAUAUUUAAGCACAGAGAGUGAGGACAAGGUUGGUUGGUUGUGCCAGGUUGAAAAAAAAUAUUGUACAAGUAGCCAAAAAAAUGCCAACAAUUUCAUUUUAAUUAAAUUUUGUAUUUUUUUUUCUAAUGUUGCCAUUUUGUUCUAGUGGCCAAAUCCAGUCGGUAUACUGUAUUGUAUCAAGGACAAUCGGACUGGCAUUCUUUUGACCUAACAAGAUCUUGUCAUGUCAAGAGAAACUUGGUACCUUGCUAAAGUUGGACCUUUUGAACUUGCUGGGCCUCCAGGGUCUUAACUGACUGUAACCAGUAGUACAAGUUUAAGACUGUAAUGAUAAUGCAGCACUGUUGUAACCAUAUGCUUAUAACCAAUGUUCACCAAAGCUGACACUGUAACUCUGUAAUGACCCAUCAUGAAAUCUGAUUUGACCUCACCUGGCCUGGAAGUCUGAUCCAUCUGGAUAUUAAGGCUGAUCCUCCUGAUUGCUCCCUGAUGUUGAACUCUCCAACCCAGAGAACUCUGCCGGGACAGGCCACUCACUGAUCAGAGCCUGGCUUUCCUGGGUGGAGGCAUGUUUUAAAUCCACAGUUUUAUUUUUCAAGAGGGUUCACAUCACUAUUAAGAUAAUUCAGAGUCUGUUUUGUCUUCCUUUUGAUGUUAGUAUUUCCAAAUAAGGGAUACAAAGAAACGAAAUGGUAUCAUCAUUUUUGUUUUAUCUUCAUGUAAUGUAAAAAAAAGAUGGAAGUAAUCCUUCAAUUGUUGGAGAAGAUUAAAUGUUUUUUGCUAUA